AUGGCAAUCUAUGACGGAUUUCGGGGCUUUUGUGAUGGAAACAAGCUGUCAUGGAUCAAUAGAAUAUUUGUAGUGGAAUUUGCUGAAGCUAAUAAGAUAAAUAGUGGGCUCCUGACAAACUCCAUUGAUCUUGAUGAAGAAGAUGCAUUGCCAGUGGAUCUGUGGAUACAAUUCUAUGGGCCUGAGCCAGAGGAUCCAAAUAAACCUCACCAAAUUGGACAUCCAAGGGGAUUAAGGCAUCAUCCUGCGCUAAUCAACAAGAUUGCUCGAGUGACAUUUUUGCCAAAGGGGCUGCAUAGUGACAUUGAUACUCUUAGUGCACAGCUUGGUUCUUUGUCUACACAGGAGCAGUGUCAGCAGAUUCAGAACAGGCAAGAUCUUAUUGAGCACUGUGUUGAUGUGUUGAACAACAACUUCAAUGCUUUUAGUGACCACUUCAGCAUGAUCUAUCCAAGGCCUGUUCCUCCUCCAGCUCAGUUUCUGUACUAG